CGCUUCCGCGAUUACGGGUCACGCUCGGGUAUUCUCGGCCCAGGCCCCGGUGGCACAGGGAGAACAGUGAUAUAUUGUGUGAAACCAGUUGACAUGGCGAUGAACAGUGAUGUCCCUCAUUUACUGUUUGGAGGCUCUUUUUCAGCGAUUAUCCCCCCUCACUCAGUUGAUGUCAGCGAAAUCCGUGAAAUCCCUGAUAACCAGGAAGUAUUUGCUCACAGUAAUACGGACCAGAGCAUCGUCAUCGAGCUGCUAGAACACCAGAAUCACGUUCCUGAUCAGGAAGCAGCCAGGUACCAUUUUGCUGAUAUUGCGAGCAGUAACGAUGUGAGCGGUAUGGACAGCACAGAGAUUCUGAGUGUGGAGCCUGUUGGCAGUGACCAGAUUACACUACAAGAUCCCAGCAGCGCCUGGCUCCUCUCUGGGAGGCAGCAGGUGGCUAAAUUCAAUGAGCAGGCUAGAAAUACUGUGACAAUUCACCUGGCACUGUUCAGACUCCCACAGUACUCCACUGAUAUCCUCAUCACAUUUAAUGAUCCGACAGUAAUCAGUCCGUUUAGCAGCAGUGUGGGUGGGAGUUCUGUGCAAUCAGGAGGGAUGUCUGCCAGUGCUGCGCCACACUGGACCCUGCAGCAGUUCCGCACCACCGUGCAGUCCUUCCGGCUCCUGGAUCCGACCAUUUUCUCCUGAACACCUGUGCUUUGUGGUUAGACAUUGCACUGUGGGGACGGCGAGAGUCUCGGUCAUCUUCUGCUUGCGCAUGGUGCCCAGACUGUGACAAACGCCAUUGUGGACAAGUACGCAGGUGGAUUUUUCAAUCGUGGACGGGAGCUUUCGUUGAAAGAGGAUGAGGUAUCCAUACUGUUAGGUAAUACAGACUUGCUAACAGGAAUAAGAGGAGACCAUUCAGCCCCUGGAGCCUGUUCCACCAUUCAUUGAAAUUCUUGGCUGAUCUGUAAUCUAACUCCUCAUAUCUUUGCCGAUACUCCUUUAUACCAUUGGUCAUCAAAAGGAAAAUCUCAGAUUUAAAAUCAACAAGUGAUCAUGCAUCAGUGAUGUUUGUGGAGGAGAGUUCCAAAUUUCGAUCACCUUCACUAGGUCAAAGUGAUUGCUUCUGAUACUCCUGAAAGGUCUUCAUUUUCAUUCUCUGCAUUAGAAUCUCGGAUUUUCCAACCACUCAAAGCAAUUUCUGUCUCUUUCCACUAUACUUGCUUCCCUCAAUAGCUUUAAAACUUUGAUUAAGCCACCCUUUAAUCUUCUAAAUUCCAUGAAAUUUUGUAAUAUUGCUAUAAAAACAUAAUUAGGGCAGUGAAAUGUGAAGCCAUGUUGGCAAGGCUGUCUGUCUGCAUUCAAAUAUUUCACUCCAUUUAAUCCCUCAAUAAUACUUCCCUUGUCCAAUUUUAAUUGUCCAAGGUAAACAAAGGGGAAGGGACCCAUCUAAAGAAGGGUCACUGGACCCGAAACAUUAAUUCUGAAUUUGCUUUACGGAUGCUGUCAGACCUGCUGGGCUUUUCCAGCAUCUUCUGUUUUUUGUAAACAGUAAGGGUUCUGAUUUCAUCCAACUCCAGCUGUCCCUGUAGGCUAGUGUUUUUACAAAUCAUAGUGUAAGAGAGUCCCUACAGUGUGGACACAGGCCAUUCGGCCCAACAAGUCCACACCGCCUCUCCAAAGAGUAUCCUACCCAGACUCAUUCCCAUACCCCUGCAUUUCCCAUGUCUAACCAACCUAACCUAAACACCCCUGGGCACUAUAGCAUGGCUAAUCCACCAAGCCUGCACAUCUUUGGAUUGUGGGAAGAAACCGGAGCACCCGGAGGAAACCCACGCAGGCACGGGAAGAAUGUGCAGAUCCCACACAGACAGUUACCCGAGGGUGAAAUCGAACCCGGGUCCCUGGUGUUGUGAGGCAGCAGUGCUAACCACUUGCCAUCCCCUGGCCAAAUCCUAGCAGUUUCCCAAUCACUUCAAUGCCUUUGACUUAGACACUACCCCCACUCUGCUCCUUUCAACUUCUCCCUGUGCCUUUGCUCAUGCUGUGGUUGCCUUCUCGUUCCUUGUCCGUCCACCACUUGUCUUGCUGGCAGACUCUUUGUUAAUGGAGAGAAUCACCAUCAUGUGCAGCUGUGCCCUCACCCAGGAAGCCUGUCCAUCUCAAGCUGUUCUGAAAGUUGUGUUCCAUCUAGAUACCCUCCCAAACUGGGCUGUUAAUUGGUUUGUGUGUCUGUAAGUCUCUGUAUGCGUAGAGAGACAGUGUGGAGAGGGGUGCCUCUUCCGCACUAGAAUGCUUUGCCGACCAUCUCAAUCCAGCCCUUUCUCCCAGCCACCAUUCUACCAGUUAACAGCUGGUUAUCUCAUGGGAAUCCUCGCUGUCUUCCUUUUGUGACCCUGACGUGCCAUGACCUCAUUAGCUCAGUGCCACACUGGAUGAAAUUAAUGGCUAUUCCGAAUGUGCCAGCCCACAGCCCCUGUUAUUCACCUAACCUGUCCAGGGGUAAACUACUGCGCAGUGGAACUUGGUGAGGCAGCUACAGCCAUCAGCCUGUUCACAGGAAGAAUCUCCAGGAGCUGGAUGUCCGUGAAAUAUUCUUUUAUACAGUGACUUUCACCAGCUCAGAUGGCUCUGACGCAAUGUACAACCAAUGGCAUAGUUCUUCUAAAGUGUAGUUACAGAUGCAGGAAACACAGCAGCCAAAUUACACACAGGAAGCUCUCUCAACCAGCAGGAUGUUUUGUGACUGGAUAAUCCACUGGCUGUGAGAUAAUAACCAGGACAUCUGGGGGAGGAUUCCCUGGCUCUUGUUGGUAGUAAGGGCCGUGGGAUGUUUCCUAUCUCCCAGUGGUGGGCAGUUGGCUGGAUGAAAGCAAGCUGUAGUUUGAUGACCUGUCAAAAUUAGGCAGCCUGAAAUCAGCCCAGCUGACAGGAAGUGAACUGUGUACAGGCAGUUUCUAGUCACUGACAUCUCUGCUACCUAGUGAGUUUUAGCUGGUUGGCUGAAUGAUUGAUUUGAAAUUUAAUAUUUGUUUCAAAUCUGGAUUCUUUGGUGGGUUGUUGUAAAGGCCUGAGUUAUUUGACACAUAGUAUAUACUAUUCCUUCAUGGGUUAUGUGUUAAUAACUUAAUAAGCUAUUUCAGAGCACCUGGCAAUUAAAACAAUAUGUUAAUUCACUGACCAGAGAUGGUGCUAAAUCAUAGAGCAGCCAUGGUGGCAUGAGAUACCGGGACAGUUGGUAUCUGACCACUUCCUGCUCCUAUGAAAGGUCCCUCCCCACUCUGCAAUGUCAGUUGUUUUUAAUCUGUGUGGUGUUGGAAGAGGGUAUGAAACUAGUUUCCGUGACACAGAGGGAAUUUUCCACCGUGUUUCCUGAUAUUCCAAAAGCAGGCAGAGGCCUCUCAUUGGAAAAUGUACUUCCCAAAUUGUUGU